GCCGUGUGAAUUUGUGUGGCUUUACCUGGUUUAGAGCGUUAACCAUGGGUGUUUUAAACUGCAUUUUCUCUUUAUCUGUGUUCCUGUUUCUUCAAGGCCUUGGGCUGACUUUCCCUGGGGAUUCGGGAAUGACAGUACCUGAUCCACGCAAAGGAGGCUAAAUUUAUAAACUGUUAAUGUCUGGUUGGUAUUCAUAUAAUUAUAAUGUAAGUUAUGUUGUUAUGAUGUUAUGCUAGGUGCAAACUUUAUAUCCCAUAUUUGAAAUUGUGUGACUAAGCUCUUGCAGGACACGGAGAGGUGGGAGGAGAGGCUGGCUUCAGUACAGAGGGAGGGACUGUCUGUGCACUGAGCAUGGAGCUCCUCAUUCACACACAACUUAACACACAUAUACACAUGGUCUACAAUGUCCGGACAGAGAGCGAGCGAGCAGAGGAGCAGUGGAGUAGAUAGUGCUACAACCGUGCUAAAGAACUAACAGCCUAUGACAGUGACAGGGGCCAAAGAGGGGACUUGUUUCAUCUAUGGUCUACUCUAGAUGAUUCUUGCUUUGAUUUGAAAGCUUGGACAUCCAGGAUCACUCUCCAAAAUGUCCAGGAGGAGGUCGGCCGGAGAACUGGUGCCUAAGGACAUUACUGAGGUCUUAGCCCGGGAGGCGAGGGUUCAACGUGGACACAGAAAGCCGGGCAGCUCCCUGGGUCAAGCCUUCAGCUGGUUAAAGGGAGGCAAGAGGAAGAAGAGCAUUGGUAAUGGACUCAAUCAAAUUCCUGCCGGUGUGAAAGACAAUAAAGGGGCUGUGCACAUUCAUGACUCUGCCAAAGCUGGGCCAAAGGGGACAGAGGAGCAGAAGAGGUUGUCGGUGCAUUACACAGCCUCUCAGCAUUACCAGGAAAAUGUGUUCAUUGAAGGCAGCAGACCACAAUACCUGGAGGACCUGCACACUGAGGCUCAGGAGGGACUCAAAAUAUUGCAGAAAGAGCACAAAAAUGGAGUGUCCUUUCCUGAUGAUGAGAGCAUUGAUUCCACCAACACUGUGCAGCAGGAGCAGGAUAUCAGCUCCAAGGACGAAGAUGGCUGUUCGGAGUUCAGAUCCCCCUCAGGGAAUACUGAUACCAGUGUCUACUCUGCUGGGUCAACAAGACCUGGGCUCACCCGCCAAGGUUCCACAUUUAAGCCUUUGAACCCAGUGAAAAGCAUAGACCGAAACAAGAAGAGGAGCAGGCGGACAACCAUCAUGGGCAUUCCCAACCAGGUCCAAAAAGAGCUUGCCUUACGUCGACAUUCAACGUUUCAACAGCUUCCUGAAAAUAACAAUACAAGUAAUAGUCAAUCAGGAGUAGUUAUCAUCCCUACUGUUGAUGGAGGGACCCCAAUUGCAAACAAAGGAGGUGCAAGAGUACACCUUUCUGAGCUGGAGGUUUCUCAAGAGGAGAUGCUAUUGCAAAACCAUCUCCAGGCAAUGUACCAAGAUGAGCAGCACUUUAGCUUCCAGGGUUUUGGACAUCACACGGGCCCCACCUCCAUGCUGAGACCCAAAUCUGUCGCAGUUCCUGGGAUGACAUCCUCACUCUCUUCUCCAGCCACAAUGCUCAGCUUUCUACAGGAGCCGCAGGGUCCAGUGAUGUCCAUAUCUCCUCAGGCCACCUACAUGUCCACGAUAAUCCCCAACGCUGUGCUGCCCGCCUCUGUGGACGUCAUAGAGAUCGACCACAGUUUGAGCCGCACUCGAGGCAACAGCGUUCACACUGUGAGCAAAAGCAGUCUGGGAUCAGGGGACUCACCCGUUAGCCCCGUGUUGUCCAGAAGAUCAGACAUGGACAGUUCCCAAAAUGACACUACUCUGAACAAUUCCACAUCUGACUCAACUUCAGCAUUAAAUCUGAGUGUGUCCCAUUCUUCAAAGACCAUUGUUUUGAUCUCCUCCCCUGCUUCUUCCAAAAGGAGCACAUGCAGCGCAGAUUCACAAAGACUGAGUGUGAGUGAGCAAAGGAACCAGCGGGACCAUGGUGAAGAUAUCGUUAGCAUCCAUAGCUCUGUUAGUAUAAUUAGCUGUCCUACAAGUACAAGUGAACAUUUGGUUGCAGAUGUUUCUGAAGUGACCAUGUCACAAGUUGAGGAGAAAAAAAUUAAAAGGAGAAGUUUGUCAGUUACAAAAACAAAGCAACCACCGGAACCGCCACGAAGAACAAACUCCCUGCAUAGUAAUAAGAUCAGAAAUAAUGCAAAGGUUUUGGUUAACUGCCAGGAAACUGUAGUAGAGAAUGAUGCUACAAUGACUACAACUGAGGCCAGCAGAACAACAGUUACAUUAUCCACACCCAAUUCUGUCAUAGAGAAUGGAGGAACACAUCCCAAGUCGGACCCCUCUUUUUUGAAUAGAGACAAAAUGGAACGCACAAUCUCGCCAUCCAGUGGUUACUCCAGUCAAAGCGGCACUCCAACACUGUCCCCAAAAGAGUUCUCCCCAACCUCCCCAGAAAAACAAAAAAAGUUGCCAAUUAAACCAGAGAGGUCUGUAUCCCGUGCAUCAACCUCUGCGGGAUCUCCUUCCUCCUCUCUCACCUCGCUGUCAUCUGGUGCAUCUGAAACUAUCAGUCAUGAUGUUCCUUCAAAGGACUCCACAGCUGCCCAUACCAUCUCAUCCGCACUUACAAUGGAAAUCAAAAGUCUUAUGAACAUACCGCCACAUCCCAAAAUCCGAGCACCAUGUCCUCCUCCUCCAGAAGUUUGGGCUCACAAUAGACACACUGUGGAACUUCUUUUGGGAUUGUAUGGGAAUGUUGAGCUGUCACAGUCUCUAGAUGGGACAGUGAAGCAGGCAGGGACACAAACUGAAGAAAAUGAGCUGCCAGUGGAAGAGAACGGUGGGAAAGAUGAGGUGGAACUAUCAGUGGAGAAGGAACAUGGCGUAGAAGAUCAAAGUAAGAUGGAAGUGGAUAAAGAAAAUCUGAUCAUUCAGGAUGCCGCUGGAGAAGUGACAAAUGAGCAAACUGAAAAACAACUUAUCGAUCUUCCAGUUGUAACAGUGACAAUAACAGAAGAACAGCUUUCAACAGAAGAACUAAAGACCAGAAAAAGUUGCAAUGCAGAUAACCAUACUAACUUAAAAGAAAAUGGACAUCCACCAACUGACACACUUGCAAUAGAAGUGCCUAAAUUUCCAAAAGACACGCCCCCUGUCACUCCUCCACCCAGCUACCACCCAACACCCCCACUUACCAGGAAACCACCGUCAUCAAAUUCGACCCACCUUUCUGUUGAAUUUCAGAAGGUACAAGAGGAGAGCAAAGUUCCUGAAUCAUCUUGGCCUCCUCCUCCUCCACCACUGGAAGAAGCUUUUGAGGGAGGGGAUGAGACGGACUUCCCCCUUCCACCACCUCCUCCUCUGCUAAUGGAUAACCCCAUAGACAUGCCGGAUAAAGCAGAUAAAAAUGACUUGACAAAUUUAAUCAAGAAUGGAAUGCAGGAGCCAAAACAAGAGUCCCCCUCAAUACCUGUUUUGGGUCAAGAUAUGGCUCUUAAAAAAGACACGCAUUCUGACAUUUUAGUAUCUGCUAGUACAAUAAAUAACUCAGCAUCUUCAUUAUCAACUUCUUCAAGUCGAGACUCUCUGAAAGCUGAAGAUCCCUUCCAUGUUAUCCCACCCCAAACCAUAGAGAACCCACCCUCAUCUGUGAAUUUCAGAAGACAGCCCAGUACAGCAAAUAGAGCCAAAGAGUUCCAUGCCCGCCACAAAAGCAUGCCCAUUCCGAAAGAGGAUGCCAACAUACCUCUUGUCACUCCAUCCUUACUUCAAAUGGUACGGCUUAGGUCGGUCAGCAUGGUGGAAGGAGAAGGCAAUGCCCCCUCUGAGGAGAAAACAGCAAAUGUAGAACCUUUAGCACAAGAAAGCUGUCCUGUGGCUAUCCAAACUCCACAAAACAUACCACAAAAGCCAAUUCGCAAGUCACUAUCCACUAAAUCCUCAUCCCCAUUACCUUCUUCAACAGCGGUUCAACCUUCUCUGCGACUGCAAGAAGCUAUACGCAUGAAAACUGCAGCAAUGUCCACAAAGGAAAGUCUUCUAGCCAGACCGGUUGCAAGGUUACCUCCUUACAGCUCUAUAGGUGAAGCAGGAAGUGACAUGCACAAGUCCACAGCUUCCACAGCCAGCUUUAUCUUCUCGCGGAGUCACAAAAAGGUGGUCAUUGAAACUGCGGGGCCAUCUCCUGAAGCACAAAUAACCCUGAAGCAGAACUUGGCAGCAGAACUUGUGCAUUUGUCAGAACAGUCCAAGAGCAAUGCCUACUCCAACGGUGGAAUCAAAUCUGUUCCUCCACCAGUGGCCAGGAAACCAAGCUAUGACAGUGUGGGGCCCUUGCAGACGCUUCCAGGAAAUGUUGGCAUUAGGCAUCAAAUUGCUCCACUUGAGACAAAAACUACAAGAGUGACAGCGGACACAAUUGAGACACUGUUCUGAGCUACCUUUUGGUGACAAACUGAAGAGCCUGAAGAACACGCAAAGACAACAUGCAAACAAAUACUUAUAUGGACAGUAUGAACUCUGUUAUUGCUGCGUGACAAGUAUUCUAAGUAUUCCAAAAGCCUUAGCCUGUAAUGGCCUUACAUAUUUAUGCAAAAAUCAAGCCUCUCUAUUUCUUAUCACAGCUUUAUUCUGGAGUAUUUUUCUAUUUUAUUUAUCUCUAAUAAAGCCUAUGCCAGAGAUGGUAGACUUGGAACUGUAAAUAGUAUAAGUAACUUGCUUUUGGUCACCCUCUUGUGGCUGAGUUAAGUAGUAGCUAAACCUUUCUGGCACUGACAAAAGCCUUUUUGUGAAAUAUUACUUGUGUUGUGUAAUUAUUUUGUAAAAAUAAAUCAGUUGUUAAUGAAAAAUAUUUUUUUUAAAGUGCAUUUACAGCACAGCUAAAAUCUGUGUUACAAACACAAGGUAGAAAAAGUCAGCGGCACUUUGUUUUACAUUGCAGCAGUUUGUCAUUUCCUGAUCUUCAAAACAUGUUGGUAAAUGUAAAUUGUCCAUAGUUUAUUAAUACUGAGGAUUUAAUAAUGUGUAAUAUCAUAAUUACUACAACAGGUUUUGCUGCAAAUAAUAUCUAUGGUAUAGAAAAGAUGGAGAUUAAAGAAAAAUACCUUUUUAAUAAAUGAUAA